UUUAUCUGCUUUCAGAGAAAGAAUAUGACAUUCCAUUAUCCAUUUGAGAGUGAGAGUUUGAGUCAAUAUCCCUAUAUCGACAGGGUCUCAACAGGAGAGAAAAAUCCUGUUGACUUUAUCUAUCAAUUUGUGAAUAGUUAUAGAUAUGAUUGUACCAAUAAUCUCGCCACACUUUGUACUUUACGUUACAUAAAAGGGGGACCUACCAAAUUUCCAAAAUAUGGAGAUUUUUCAGAAACACUCAUUAUGAGGACUUAUGAUUUCGAUAUCUCAUUAUUAUCUUUAUUACCUUCCCAUACACUACCUAAUAGAUGGCCUAAUCGUCGUAUAUGGCAUAAAAAAGAUAUCAAACACAUCAAUCAUCUGGAAAUCGAGUUUCAUGAAGCUGUAUAUCCAAUCAGAGUCUCUAUAUACGAAGUAUAUAAUCCUGGAAACGUAAUUAAAAUUUGGGUUCAAGAUUCUUCAAAUAAUCGGUGGAUUUUAUUGUGGGAUGGAUUGCCUCAGAUUGUGCCUCCGAUAUCAAGACUAUUUUCUCCACCCUUACAGCUGUGUAACUUUAAAACCAACAAACUCAAACUAGAAUUUAAGCACAGUAUAUUAGACUACACAAAGCUAGACGCUGUGAUGCUUAUCGGAACGUCAAAAUUGAUCCUUCCCAGAAAUCCUGAAGAGAGUUUAACUGAUCUAUUAAAAAGACUUAACUACAUGUAUUCUCGCCAUGAGGAUGUCCAUAAUCUAACAGCAAAUUACGAAAAUGCACAUUUGGAUAUUGACCAUCUUCAAAAGAAUUUUCCUGAACACUGUGUUAUUUGUAAGAGCGAUGUAGAAAACAGUUUUUAUAAGAAUAAUUUCGGGAAUGAAAAGACAUCUGCACUUCUUAGGAAGGUAAUCCCUGAUUAUAUGAAUCGUAUAGAUGAAUCCAAAGAGCUAUCACCUGACAGUUUUUCUGCGUUUUCUGAUGAAGUAAUUCUAGAAAUAUUAAAGCACUUAGACUUGAAGACGUUAUGCCUCAUGAACCAAGUAAAUAAGCGUUUCAAUAAUUUAACACGGGACCCUCUACUAUAUACACGUUUGGACAUGCGAAAUAUCUGUUGUCCUACUUAUUUUUAUAAUAUACUUUGCUACUUUACACCUAGAUGUAAAUAUUUGCGACAAUUAGAUCUUGCAUCAUGCAACUUUUCUUCUUCGCAUUUCGUGCAAUUUCUUGAGAAUUGCGGCAGGCAUUUAACGCACUUACGAUUCACAUGCAUCUCACUUGAAUCUCACAAUGAUGUCCUACUCAAAAUUUCAGAGAUAUGCAAAAAUUUAAAAGAGUUGGAAUUGGACGAAUUGGACGAAUUUACAAUUGGUGAUAAAGGACUUUCAUGUCUCGAAAAUCUAGAGAGCCUGGAAAAGUUGGCACUUUAUUCACCAGAAAUAAAAGUUCAAUGUCUUUGCAAAAUACUGCAAAAAAAUAAACGGAUGCGUGAAUUAAUUUUGGAAUGUCAUCUUCGCAGUAAGGAGAGGUUCCCAGGCGACACCGUUGCAAUAGAGUUAGGAAAUUCGUGUCGGGACUUGCAAGAAAUAAGUUUAUAUGGAAUUACAUCGAAGGGUAUUAAUGCCCUUGCUGACUGUAAGAAUUUACGAAUAGUGGAGCUUGGUCAACUAAUGGAAUCGAAAGGCCUGAUAUUCGACCUUGAUGAUAGCUUGAGCAGAUUGCUUUCCUCCUGUCAACUGCUGGAAGAAAUAUAUUUGUGUAGUAUUGUCCUCACUGAUCGCAAUUUGAAAUUACUAGCGGAGUGCAAAAACUUGAAAAAUUUACAUCUGCAAGACGUGAAAUUUGUAACACCUGAUAAUGUUUCCAUUAUUCUCGAGCAAUGUCCUAAAUUGGAAUGCUUCCAAUUGUCGGACCAUUAUAUUAGUCCCUACUUGAUUAGCCAGUGGAAGAAAAGUCAUCCACAUGUGUUUUACGAAAAAGGAGGAUAUCUGGAUUAUUAAAUCAAUAAUUUAAUUAUUGGUUUAAUAAUCUAAAUAUCGCGUCUAACAAUAAUACAAUUGAAUAAUAAAUUACUUAUGUUCUUGGCAUUCCGUGAUAGCAACAGUUUAA